AUGACAAUCUCAGUCCUCAUCGUCUGCCUCGGCAAUAUCUGCCGCUCCCCCAUGGGAGAAGCUGUGCUCCGUAACGAAGCCCUCAAGCGCGGGAUCACCGAUAUUCACGUUGACAGCGCUGGCACGGCUGCAGCACAUGUAGGAGAAGAUCCUGACGAACGGACAAUCGAAGUGUGCAACACGAACAACGUUCCCAUAUCCCACGCAGCGCGGCAAGUCCGCGCCUCCGAUUUCACCUCCUUCAAUUACAUACUCGCAGCCGACGGUUCCAACCUGCGCGCGUUGGAGCGACAUUUCGGUCGCAGUGAAGGAUCAGAAGCGACAGUGAGGCUCUGGGGCUCCUACUUGUCAGAUAACAAGCCAAUUCAGGACCCGUAUUAUGGGGGAAUGGAUGGAUUUACGAAGUGCUACGAACAAUGCGUGAAGCUUUCAAACGCGUUUUUGGACGAGGUCGUUGGGAAAGGAGGGUUAGGGACGCGGUGA